AUGGCAUACGAUCGGGAUCCAUAUCGAGGUGAGGUUCCUAGCCGUCGAGCCUCGCCUGUUUAUCCCAUUCCCGUACAGCCUGGGAGCCCUUCUCCCAGAGAGUUCUCGAUUCCACAUGCCCUUAACGGCAAUUACUCCAAUGCGAGUACUCCUGAAAUCUACUCUCCUACUGCUGCGUCUACUGCUAGCUUCACUUUCCGCUCGCUCAAGUCAGUGCAAUCGAAUCCGAAGGAACAGUUGCCUUUCUCAAAGCCGUUACCACAGGAGGUCUUUGACUGCAUUUUUUCACACCUUCACUAUUCUCACUCAGCUCCUAACUCUGGAGGCUGCGUAACAUGCUAUAUGAGAGAUUUGUAUUCUUUGUCCCUAACCAGCAGAGCAUGGGAAAAGGCUGUGAGGGGAAAGCUAUACAACAAAAUCUAUAUCCAAGGUAACGACUCGCCGGCCCAACUCAAGAAAUACAGAUGGAAGAGAGGAAGUAGAUUAAGGUUGCUGCGACGAACGCUUAGAGAAAGAAAAUUACUGGCAAAUGCAGUGUUCGAGAUCAGAAUACCGGAUUUCGAGACGGCAACAGGAGGGCAUGGAAAACAAAACUUUACGGUACAGGAAUACCGAGACCUCGUUGCAUCGGUCGUGAUGGCGUGUCCAAACUUGGAGCGCCUGUUAGGCCUGUCGCUACCAUAUAACCAUGAGUUCGAUCGUUUGACGCAUGCGCUUUCGACGCGGAAGAAGCUCAAGGAACACGCCUGGAUCAUCGGAGGAAAUCCUGUAGCUCGUGAGCUGUCAAAGGGACAAACUUCAGAACUUUUGGAUAGUGGCCAAGUUUUUCAGUUCCUCAACCACCACACCACAUGGUCGCAUCUCGAGACACUCCUGUUACAUUCUCUGAAUUCUAGCGGAAUACUAGAACACGGUGUGUUCCUGCGGAUGUUCAACUUCUUGCCGUCUCUACGCCACUUAAUAAUUACGGGUUUUCAUGCAAAUGACUUUACAGAUCGUACACUAUUAUUUUUGCCUCCCUUAGUAUCUCUCCGCCUUGAAAAUCUUCCAGGUCUGACAGAAAACGGACUAGCACAUUAUACUAGGCGCCCAGAGGCCCGAACCCUCGAAUCCUUAACCCUGAUAGAACAGAAUAUUAGCUCUCUCCUGAUUAUCUCUCAGAUCCUUGCGUCUUUGAGGAAACUGGAACGGUUCAGUAUUGUCCAGACCAAGACCGUACCAACACUGCCCGAUGAUGGGGUGGUAUUCCAGCCGCUACUGGCUUCACCAGCUCUGAAAUAUCUCCAUUGGGAUGUGGCCUGUCCAGACUUGAACAUUUCACUAAGCGAUUUUCAUUCUUUCCCCCCUGUGUCAUCGCUCAGUAAAUUCAAUACAGCCAACUCACAUCUCGCACAGAGUAUCCUGAGUUCGGGAUUUCCGAAUCUUGAAUCCCUUCGCGCUCCCUUUGACGUGGACCCACUGGGGGCAAUACAGUCUGUUUGUCGACCUACGCGGAAUGGUCAGAUCAUGGUUCCUGCAGACCGAUAUUCCCUCCCCCGCAGCUCGCAUGGAUCGAUUACGAGGCGACCAUUAGCGCUGCCCGGUGGAAACAACUUGAGUUCAGCUCGCAUACGCGGCCAAACUCUCAUCGACAAGUCGUCUAAAGAUAAGGAAACGGGUAUCAAGAUCGUGGUUAGUGAUCAUUCGGGAGGAUUCAAGCUUCCAUCUCAACCCAUAUCAUCCGAUCCUACCCCUGAGCUUGGAGUGGACGAUAGAUACAACAUUCUCGGUCCGUUGAAAAAGCAAGAGCUUGCUCCACCUGAGGAAGAAUCGCAGGGGAUAAUGGUGCAUGAGUUUACACUUCCAUUAUGCAUGGGGAGAAUCUGGACAUCGCCCACUUCAACAACAGCCAAGGCACCUCCCCGCUUUAUCCUCACCCCCGAUAUCCCCACCUCAGAUGCAGACGGAGGCCUAAUAAGUUGGCGUCAUUUCCUUUCCGCAAAUCAAACGCUAGCAUACUUCGCUUCAUCAUCGCCGUCGUUGCCACCGCUCACUGGCAGAACAGACACCAGUUCAACUAUGAACGAUGCCUCCUCUGCUACCCCUUCUCCGCCAGGCACGUCUCUAUUCGGUUCCUGGGCUUCCGGGGGCGGUAGCGGGAACAACCAUUUAAAUCAUAAGUCAAGUCGACCGCUGUCUCCACGGUCCACAUCACCUAUGUCCCCGACGACGCUGAAAGGAAGUUCCCAAGGUAUCACUGGCGCUGGAGGAUCGCCAUCCUGGACUAUCAAGGAGACAUGCGACGGAUCUUGGAAUCGGGGACAUAAAGGGGGGAAGGACUGGUGGUUUCAUGUUGAACGGGAGCGACCGGUCAACACCAUCUCAGCAGAUCUUGUGAGGUUGGAGCAGCUGUUUUGA